UGAAACAGGAAGAGGCGGCACCACGGGGGCGAGCGCGCGCUCUGCGUCUGCGCAGAGGCCCCUCCGUGGCGUGUGACGCCCGAAACCUAAUUCGGCGUGCACGUGGAGCGCUGCGCUUUGGACCCGGGGCCGCGGGCAGCCGCGAUCCGCUCUCAGCACCAUGGGGCGCAAGCUGGACCCUGCGAAGGAGAAGCGCGGCCCGGGCCGGAAGGCUCGCAAGCAGAAGGGCGCUGAGACGGAGCUCGCCAGGUUCCUGCCCGCAGAUGGCGAUGAAAAGUCCAAGAGACUGUCCAGCCGUGCUCGGAAGAGGGCAGCCAAGAGGCGAUUGGGGUCUGCUGAGGCUCCUGAGCCAAAAAAGUCUCCUGGGGCCAAAGCACUACCUGGAAAGCUACCAAAAGGAAUUGUCCAGACACGGGGCAAGAAGGAAGCCCAGGUCUUGCUCGGCACUGCUCGGGGCUUGAAGCGGCCGGCGCCAGCCCACAGCAGUGAGGAAGAAGAUGACUCUGGAGAGGAUGGUGUGGUGGAACAGGGGGAUUUCUGGGUUUCCGAGGACAGUGAUGCUGAUAUGAUUGAUGACUAUGGAGCUGAUUCCAACUCAGAGGAUGAGCUGCUCCCCAUUGAGAGGGCUGCCCGGAAGCAGAAGGCCCAGGAAGCUGCUGUUGGUGAGCAGUGGAGUGAGGAGGAGACUGAGGAUGAGGGUGAGGGUGAGGAUGAGGAGGAAAUGUCUCCUCAGUCGGGCCCCCAGAAGGAUGAUGAGGCAGAUGACGGUCUCCAGAUCAAUGUGGAUGAAGAGUCUUCAGUGCUGCCCCAAGAAGGGGAGAUGGAGCCAGAUGCCCAGGCUCCAGACUUGCAGCGGGUUCACAAGCGCAUUCAGGACAUUGUGGGAGUGCUGCGUGACUUUGGGGCUCAGCGGGAGGAAGGACGGUCCCGUUCUGAAUACCUGCACCGGCUGCAGAAGGAUCUGGCCACGUACUACUCUUAUGGGGACUACCUGCUUGGCAAGCUCAUGGACCUCUUUCCCCUCAAUGAGCUGGUGGAGUUCUUAGAAGCUAACGAGGUGCCUCGGCCCAUCACACUCAGGACCAACACAUUGAAGACCCGGCGCCGAGACCUUGCUCAGGCACUGAUCAAUCGUGGGGUUAACCUGGACCCCCUGGGCAAGUGGUCAAAAACUGGCCUGGUGGUGUAUGAUUCUUCAGUGCCAAUUGGGGCGACUCCCGAGUACCUGGCCGGCCACUACAUGCUGCAGGGAGCCUCCAGCAUGCUGCCUGUCAUGGCCUUGGCACCCCAGGAGCACGAGCGGAUCCUGGACAUGUGCUGUGCCCCUGGAGGAAAAACCAGCUACAUGGCCCAGCUGAUGAAAAACACAGGCAUGAUCCUCGCCAAUGAUGCAAAUGCCGAGCGCCUCAAGAGUGUCGUGGGCAACCUGCACCGGCUUGGGGUCACCAACACUGUCAUCAGCCACUACGAUGGGCGGCAGUUCCCCAAGGUGGUUGGGGGCUUUGACCGAGUACUGCUGGAUGCUCCCUGCAGCGGCACCGGGGUUAUCUCCAAGGACCCAGCUGUGAAGACUAACAAGGAUGAAAAGGACGUCCUGCGCUGUGCUCACCUUCAGAAGGAGUUGCUCCUGAGUGCUAUCGACUCAGUUAAUGCUGCCUCCAAGACGGGCGGCUACCUCGUCUACUGCACCUGCUCCAUCAUGGUGGAAGAGAAUGAGUGGGUGGUGGACUAUGCCCUGAAGAAGCGGAAUGUGCGGCUGGUGCCCACAGGGCUAGACUUUGGCCAGGAGGGCUUUACUCGCUUUCGAGAAAGGCGCUUCCAUCCCACUCUGCGCUCCACCCGUCGCUUCUACCCUCACACCCACAAUAUGGAUGGCUUCUUUAUUGCCAAGUUCAAGAAAUUCUCCAAUUCUAUUCCCCAGUCCCAAACAGGAGAUUCUGCAGCGUCUGGUCCUACAAACCCAGACUCGCUGGAUGUGAAAGAUCAGGUGGCCUCCGCACCUGAGAGCACCAGCCAGCCUUCUAAGAAAGCCAAAGUAGCUGUGAAAGCAAAGCAGCAGUUGGAGAAACAGCAACAUCUCAGAAAGACCUCCUUCCUGAAGCAGAAUGGCAUCUCCAAAGGGACAGACUCAGAAUUGUCCACUGUACCUUCUGUCACAGACACCCAAACCUCCUCCCAUCGUCAAGCCAGCUGUCAGUCAGCUAAAACAAAAAUGACUGGGAAACUAAAGCAGCCAUCGCCCAGAAUGCAGUCCUCUAAGAAGGCUGGCUCCCUGAAGCGGAAUGUUCCUCCUGAGGGUGCAGACACAGAAGCUCCUGCUGUGUUGUCCCUCUCUGGGACCCAGGCCACACUCAAGCCUGAGCAUCACAGUCACCCCUUUGGGAAAACCCCAGGGUCUGCGAAAGUGAAAAAGCCUUUCAAGAAAGCUGCCUUCCAGAAACAGAAUGGUAUCCCAAAGGGACCUAAGACUUCCUCUGCAACCCCCCAGAGUCCCCAAGGGCCACCCCGGAAGAGAAGAAAAUCUCAGUCCAGAGAGAGGAGUCAAGCCCUGUUGUCUUAGACCAGUGGUUGAAGCUAGAUGGCUAGUGCUCACCCCUGUCUCUCUUUUAGAACUGUUUACCUCUGCCAGAAUGACUUCCCCAUUGUGCAUACCAAUGAAAUUUAAUACAUAUUUUGCGAUGUU